AUGGCCGAAUAUGACCUAACACAAAAAUUGAUUCCUCACCUAGACCGACAUCUUGCCAUUCCUCUUCUCAAUCACCUUUCAGAUAUCGCCAUUUUUCCAGCAGAGCAAUUAGCUAAAGCACAAUAUGAUCUUGUCAAAGGUACCAACAUGGUUGAUUACGUAGAGCAACUGCAUGAGCAAGCGAAAACAGAUGAGACUAGGGAUUUCACAAGGUUGAGAGAAAAAGCAACGGCUAGAUAUCAAGAAUUACAAGAAAAGGCACAGCCUGUGAUGAAAGUGAUAGAAGACCCAGAUGCUGUCGCAAAGUUGAGAAGUGGUGUGGACAAGGAUAAGAAUUUGGAUUUAUUGAGAUCUGAAUAUAACAUUGAUAUCGAUCAAAUUAACGCUCUUUAUCAUUUCGGUCAAUAUCAAUAUACCCUUGGUGAUUACGCUAGAGCCGCCAAUUUCCUUUAUCAUUUCUUGAUUUUCUCUCCAUCCCUCGAUCUCAACAUAUCAGCCCACUGGGGUAAACUUGCCUCGAAUAUCCUGUCGGGAGAGUGGGAGGCUGCUUUGGUGGAAAUAAAAGAUUUAAGAGACGCUAUCGACAAUCCUCACGGAACUGCCAUGGCAAAACCAUUAGCUCAAUUACAAGCAAGAACUUGGUUACUUCACUGGUCAUUAUUUGUCUUCUUCAAUCUCGGAGAAGGUCAAGGAUGUCAAGGUUUACUCGACAUGUUCCUUUCACCCGCUUACCUCAACACCAUCCAAACAUCAUGUCCUCACCUCCUUCGAUACCUCGUAGCUGCAGCUAUCAUCUCACGAAGAGCACCAAAACCAGCCGGCACUCGAGGUAACCGAGACCACGUCAAAGAAUUGACCAAGAUUGUACAAAUGGAAGAAUAUCAAUAUUCCGACCCUGUUACCGGAUUCUUGAAAGAUCUUUUCGUUGACUUUGACCUCAAUCAAGCACAACAACGUUUAAGCAUUGCUGAAAGUGUAGUACGAUCCGAUUUCUUCCUUUCUGGAUUUGCAGACGAAUUCGUGGAGAAUGCAAGGUGGUUGAUCAGUGAAGUAUUCUGCAGAAUACAUCGAAGGAUUGAUAUCGGACAAUUGUCUAAAACACUCAACUUGUCUAACGAGGAAGGAGAGAAAUGGAUUGUCAAUCUUAUCAGGGAUUCUCGAAUGGGUGUCGAGGCAAAGAUCGAUUUGAAAGAGAACAUGCUUCAUAUCACUCGACCUCAUGCCACACCCACUGCCACGCUCAUUGAAACUACUCGAGGUCUUGCAUUCCGAUCGCAAGCAAUACAAUUCGCCAUGCAAAGCACUGCUGGAGGAGAGACGCAACGAGGCGAGCGAGGAGAACGUGGGGAACGUGGAGAACGAGGUGGUAGAGGAGGACGAGGAGGUAGACCAAGGGGUGGUGCACCCGGUAGAGAAGAGGUUGCAGCUUAG